GUCUGCCCCGCCUGCAAUUGACUCACUUCUCCGAUCCCUUCCUCUCUUCUUUCACCAUGUCUCUCUACCCUAAAGUUGAUUCCACCAACCCGGACGCGGAUUCCCCAUUUUCCGUCAAAACCUCCUCCUCCUCGGCCUACCCCUCAGUUGACGUUCAUCACGUCGCUGAAAACGUCUUCGCCGAAGACGAUUCCGCUUCACACAACCAAUCCAUAGCUCACUCCUCUGAAGAUGUUGUCAUCACAGUCCCCGGUGUCAUUCUUCAUCUCAUCGAGAAGGAUUCUAGCGUCCAGCUUGCUUCUGGGGACCUCACCAUUGUCACUCUCAGCCAAGGGGGUAACGUGGUUGCCGUCCUCGCUCGUAUUGGAGAUCAAAUUCAGUGGCCCUUGGCCAAAGAUGAGGCCGCAGUCAAACUCGAUGAGUCCCACUAUUUCUUCACUCUUAGAGUUCCGGCAUCGGAAAACGACUGCGAUGCUGCGUCCGGGUUCCAGUUCGAUUUGUUAAAUUACGGAUUGACUAUCGCCGCCAAAGGACAAGAGGGUUUGUUGAGGGAGUUGGAUCGUGUUCUGGAGAGGUAUAGUUGUUUUUCGGUGGAGAGAGUGGAGGGUAUGCGUGGUUGGGAGGGGUUGGAUGGCUCUGUGUCGAAGGAAACGUCCCCGGAGGAAUUGAAAUCGGAGAAGAAAAAGGAAUUAGUGGAGGAAAGCUCUGCUGCGUACUGGACGACUAUAGCUCCGAACGUGGAGGAUUAUAGCGGAAGCUUUGCGAGGUGGAUCGCCGCCGGUUCGGGUCAGUUCGUCAGGGGAGUUUUGUGGUGCGGUGACGUGACUGUGGAUAGGUUGAAGUGGGGGAAUGAGUUCUUGAAGAAGAGGAUGAAUCCGGGUUCUCAGGUGGAGAUUAGCCCGGAAGCUAUGAAGAGGAUGAAAAGGGUGAAGAAGUUGACGAAGAGGUCAGAGAAAGUGGCGGUUGGGGUGCUCUCAGGGGUCGUCAAGGUGUCCGGAUUCUUCACGAGUGCCGUGGUGAACUCAAAAGCCGGCAAGAAGUUCUUCAGCCUUCUCCCAGGAGAAAUCGUCCUUGCCUCCCUGGAUGGAUUUAAUAAGGUGUGUGAUGCUGUUGAAGUCGCCGGAAAGAAUGUUAUGUCCACAUCAUCGGUUGUGACCACUGGGCUUGUUUCACACAAAUAUGGAGAGGAAGCAGCGAAGGUGACAAAUGAAGGGUUAGACGCUGCAGGCCAUGCGAUAGGAGCAGCAUGGGCAGUGUUCAAAAUAAGGAAGGCCCUUAACCCCAAGAGCGUUAUCAAGCCAACAACUUUGGUCAAAGCUGCCGCUCAAUCUGAACUCAACUCUAAGGACAAGAAAUAAAGCCCCCCUUUUUCUUUUUUUGUACAAAUAUUAGAUGAGGGACCCUUCCACAAUAUUUAUUGGCUGUUGCAUUCAUUUCUUUGGUUUAUUGAAAUGUUGAUGAGUAUGUACAGUGUGAAUUAUUAUGUUUUACAAUAGUGGAAGCCGGCUCCUCUUUUAGAAGGUCCAACUACAGCAAGUUCUAAAUCUCAUACUAUGAAAUUUAUGGUUAUGCGAUCA